AAGAAGACUCCGCAACAUCUCGAGCCAGAUAACGACACUUGAUCGAAUCGAAAACCAUCGACCACACUCGCAGCGCGGCAUCUUGUCCAAAAUGACAUCGUCAAGGUCCCGCCGGGGCAACCCAAAGGCAGAACAGGACGAAUCCGCCGCCGAACUCCUCCGAACCCACGUGACCCCGUUCCCCUCCGCCACCGAAACCGAAGCCGCCUUCUCCCGCGUUUUCGACAGCUUCGGGGACUGCAAGGUGCUCCUCAUCGGCGACGGCUCCCACGGCACCUCCGAGUUCUACACCGCCCGCGCCGCCCUGACCAAGUACAUGAUCGAGCGGCACGGCUUCAACAUCGUCGCCGUCGAAGCCGAUUGGCCCGACGCCGAAGCCGUGGACCGCUACGUCCGCCGCCGCCCCGCCCCGGGCCCCCGCGCCAGCGUGCAACCCGUCGCAGAGGCCGAAAAGGCCGGUCGCGAGCCGGCCUUCAUGCGCUUCCCCACCUGGAUGUGGCGGAACACGGAGGUCCAGGGCUUCGUCGAGUGGCUGCGCGCCUGGAACUACGACAAGGACCCCAAGGCGCCCGACUCGGUCGGCUUUUACGGGCUGGACCUCUACUCGCUCCUUACCUCCAUGCAUGAGGUCAUCCGCUACUUUGAGCACGCUGACCCGGCCAUGGCCCAUGUGGCGAGGCAUCGCUACGGGAAGCUCAUGAUGUGGGGGGAGGACCCGCACGAGUACGGCCUCGAGGCCCUCGUGAGGGGGUUCAAGGGGUACGAAGAGGAAGUCGUCGCCAUGCUGACCGACUUGCUGUCCAAGCGACUCGAGUAUUCGUCGGCGCACUGGAAUGGGGACGACUUUCACAGCGCAGAGCAGAAUGCCAGGCUGGUCAUCGACGCAGAGAAAUACUACAAGUCAAUGUACUACGGCCGCAACGAGUCCUGGAACCUCCGCGACACCCACAUGUUCCAAACCCUCACCCGCCUCCUCAAGCACCGCGGGCCCGGCGCCAAAGCCAUCGUCUGGGCCCACAACAGCCACGUCGGCGACGCCCGCGCCACCAGCAUGGGCGCCGCCCGCGACGAGCUCAACAUCGGCCAGCUCUGCAAGGAGACCUACGGCGACGACGCCGCCCUGCUGGUCGGCUGCGGCUCCUACACCGGCACCGUGGCCGCCGCCCACCGCUGGGACACCGACAUGCAGGUCAUGAACGUCACGCCCGCCCUGCGCAGCAGCUACGAGGACCUCAUGCACGAGAGCGGCGUGAAGAACUUCGCCCUCGACCUGAGGAAGGGCCGCUGCGACGAGACGCUCCGCAGGGCGCUCAUGAGGCAGCGCCUGCAGCGGUUCAUCGGGGUUAUCUACAGGCCGGAUACCGAGUUGCAGUCGCAUUACUCGAAAGCCUGUCUUCCCCAGCAGUUUGAUGGCUUUGUCUUCUUUGACGAGUCGAAACAUGUCGGUGCUUUGGAGGUUCACCAGCCUCAUACGGAUGUUGAGUACGAUGAAACUUGGCCCUUUGGCCUGUGAGAUUGUCCAUUGGACGAAGGUAUGGAAGAUUGGAAUGACCUCCCUGCCGUGGGGGGGAGGGGGGGUGUAUUUUCGCGUUCAGGAGGUAUCUGCUGUAUC